GCGCCGCCCGCCGCUCCCGGCGGAGGCGGCUCGCUGCGGCUGCGUGCUGAGCUUCCUCCCGCGCGCGCGUAGUCUUGCGUCCGCCUGCCCAUGGCGUCGGCCUCAGCCCAGCCCGCGGCCCUGAGCGCAGAGCAGGCCAAGGUGGUCCUGGCGGAGGUGAUCCAGGCGUUCUCGGCCCCGGAGAACGCCGUGCGCAUGGACGAGGCCCGAGACAACGCGUGCAACGACAUGGGCAAGAUGCUGCAGUUCGUGCUGCCCGUGGCCACCCAGAUCCAGCAGGAGGUCAUCAAAGCCUACGGCUUCAGCUGCGACGGGGAAGGUGUCCUGAAGUUUGCCCGCCUGGUCAAGUCCUAUGAAGCCCAGGAUCCUGAGAUUGCCAGCCUGUCAGGCAAGCUGAAAGCUCUGUUCCUUCCGCCCAUGACGCUGCCACCGCACGGACCUGCUUCUGGCGGUAGUGUGGUUGCCUCCUGAGCGCAGCGUUUGCCCACGUGCUACCUGCUGUGGAGGAAAAGGAGGCCUGGGUGCUGCCAAGGGAAUAAAACGUGCCUGUGACUCA